CUCAAUGCAUACUAAAUUGAGGAUGCAUUGCAACUUACCGUUAUAGCUAGCCAACGCACGGGCGCUAUAAAAAAGUUGGCGGCCCACGGAGACGAUUCCGUAACCUUGCCUGGCUGGCCUGAUCGACAGUUACGUGUUUAGAAAUGGCUGAAAAGCGAACAUUACCAGUGGAUACUGAUGAAGACGGACACGUCGAGGAUGUUGGGACUAUUGUUCCAGCAAAGAAGGCCCGCACAGAUCAGGAGCUGGUCGUGGGCACUGUAACAAAAGAUGGUAUCACCCGCACAAGCAACCUUUCAGCUCCAAUUAUUCAGCUAUCGGGCCAUGCUGGCGAGCUUUUCUCAUUGCGGUUCAGCCCAGAUGGUCAGUGUCUUGCCUCAUCGUCCUUUGAUAAAGACAUCUUCUGCUGGCGUGUCUAUGAUGAGAAUGAAAACUACAUGGUUAUUAAGGGCCACCGCAACGCCGUGUUGGAGGUGCACUGGUUCACGGACGGCGAGGCGCUGCUCAGCUGCUCGGCGGAUAAGACAGCCAGGUGCUGGGACACGGAGACGGGGCAGCAGAUUAAGAAGCUGGGCGAGCACACCGGCAUCGUGAACAGCUGCUGCCCGCUGCGGAGGGGCGCCAAGAUGUUCGUGACGGGCUCGGACGACAACACCGUCAAGCUGUGGGACAUGCGCGUCAAGAAGUCCGUGCAGACGCUACGCGGCUCCUUCCCGGUGUGCGCGGUGGCCUUCGCGGACGCGGGCGACCAGGUGUUCAGCGGCGGGCUGGAUAACACCAUCAAGCUGUGGGACCUGCGCACCCAGGGGGGCAGCAGCGGCGAGGCGGCGGAGCCGGUGCUGCUGCUCAAGGGGCACAGCGACAGCGUGACUGGGCUGCGGCUGAGCCCCGACGGCACCCACCUGCUGUCCAACGCCAUGGACAACACGCUGAGGGAGUGGGACGUGCGGCCCUACGCGCCGCCCAACCGCUGCACGAAGGUGUUCACAGGCCACAUACACAGCUUCGAGAAGGGGCUGCUGCGCUGCGACUACUCGCCGGAUGCCAGCCAGGUCACGUGCGGCAGCGCGGACAGGAUGGUGUACGUGUGGGACAGCUCCUCGCGCAAGGUGCUGUACAAGCUGCCCGGCCACACCGGCAGCGUCAACGAGGUGGUCUUCCACCCCAAGGAUCCCAUCAUUGCGUCUGCCUCCAGCGACAAGACCAUCUUCCUCGGGGAGCUGGCGGCAUGAGGGGCAGCAGCAGGAGGAGGGAGGGGUAGGGGCUGCAGCACGAGGAGGAGGCAUGUAGACGGGGGCACAUGGCGCAGCGAGCUUGCAUGCAGGCGUGACGCUAGGGUGUAUGCGUGAGCGGUUGUGUUGAGUUGCUCAGGGAAUCUCUCACCUCGUGUUUAUCCCUUUAUGCUAAAGCGCAUGCACCUUCUCCAGUGCAAGGCAAGGGAGGCGGAGCUGGUGGUGCUCAAGCAGUCAUACAGUAUGCCGCUGCAGUCAUAGGGGAGUAGUGCAGAGGGGCUGCCGGGUGUCAGGGAGGUUGGGCAGGAGGUUCGGGCUCCCGGCGAGCAGGGAUGAGCCGGCGGGAGGCGGGGACUGCGGGAGGGAGGAAGGGUUCUUGCCCGCCUGGCCAGCUGCUCCAGUUGGUAGGCGGAGUGGCGGUAGGCUGCAUGGGCGGCAUGGCGCUGGCAGCAGCAAGGGCCGGCGGCUUGGGCUCCUAGCAUAGCGUCGGUUCCAGCUCCUGUCUUAGGGUCCGGGGCCGGGCUGAUGAUGGCCGCGGGUGUUGAGGAGAAUUGCAGCCAUGUCGGUGUCGUGCCUUGGGUAGUGUUAAAUGCGAUUUCCGUCCCCUAGUCCCAGGCCCGGCCCCUCGCUCCCGAAGGAUGUCCUCGAUGUGUAAGGCGCCCCUCACGCAAGGCGCCCAAGACGAGCUAUGCACAUGCUGUACUAAUAUGUUGUUAUGCAGCGUGCCAGCAGGCAUCACAGCUGAGCCACUGGUGGGUGCAGCACUCCUCCGCGGUCUACAUGACGCUGACUAGUGGGCCAAAGCCGCAUGGACUGGACAGCAGUUGCGCUCUUUCCGUGUAGUCAUUUCACAGCGAACAAUACUUCGCAUAGAGCGCUGUCAGGAUCGAGACACGAGUCAUGUCCGAGCUAACGGCUGGUGUACGAUGUUCGCCUUAAUAAAUUGCAUUAAAGGCUGCAUAAUUGCAGGUUACAAACCAUCUAUUGACUCCCAACUCUAACUGAUGCUUCAAGCCUAGUGCAUAGGUCAACUUAGGGACAGGAAUUGUCGCCCUUGCGCCUCCCCUGGGGUGCCGGUUCGCCAGCUCAGGCCGGCCUCGCAGCUUGCUGUUCUUCACGUCAGACGUCGCGGCAACUUCACAAUUUUAACUCCUUUAUUUUAAUACUUAGAAGUAAGUGACGGCCCCUCGUUCAUGCGUUCGUGCGCACAUGUCGGACCAACCUGUAACGGCCCGCAACGGCCAUGACGAGAUGACGACCCCUCGCUCUGCUGCGUCCCUCCAUGCAGUUUAAACCUCAUACACGACGUUAUACUAGCCAUGAACACGAGGGCUGCAACUGCAGGUGCGAUGCCGAUGUUGGCGCCAUUGCACGGCGCAAGAGGCUCAGCCUUUGCUUCCAGCGCAGUGUGCCAGUACUGCAAGGACAACGCACGAACCAUCCUGGCAACGGCCGCCGUCGCUGCUGCCGCGUACCUCUCGUACCGGGCCGCCACCAGGGCUGCCCCUCGUUCGUCCCCUCGUUCUGGAUCGCAGCUGCUGCAGCAGCAGCAGCCUCCGCCGGCCGCACACGAUCAGCCGCAGCAGGAGCAGCCACAGCCGCUGAGCC